AUGGACGCCAGCGAGAGGCGGACGACACCGGGCGAGGCGCCGGCGGCGGCGACGUCGCCGCUGCUCAGGCGGCUUCUCCUGGCGGCGGCGCUGGCGGCGGUGGCGGCGGCGGCGGCGGGGGCGGACGCGGCGGCGGCGGCGGCAGGCAGGCCGGUCCGGGAGACGUGGAGAGGUACGAACGCAGCCGAGGGCUGGGAGGCGGUGGCGUGGAGUGCGGAAGCACUGGCGACCUCUGAGUCUGAACGGCGCUUAUCGCCGCCGGGCGCGCGGCGGUCAGCGCGCGGCGCGCCCGGGGCCGACGACGCCGACGCCGACGCCCCGCCCGAGGCGCCGGACGCGCCCACCAACCCGCGCCAGCUGGCGGCGUCGGAGCGCCGUCUCUCGACGCAGCUCCGCGCGCUCAUCGCGCACUACCAGCAGGAGGACCCGGUGGGCAUCCCGGGCGCGCCCGUGCCCGACCCAAUGCCCGUGCCCGACACCACGCGCACCGUCGCCAUCGCCACCGUCACCGUCAACAACGCCAGCGCGUCGAUCAGCGUCCGCCUGGAGCACCUGGACUUGGAGGGCGCGUACGGGAUUCGCUACUUCCUGACCAACAGCAAGGGCCGCAUCACGGUGACGCUGGACAACGUGACGGUGGCGGCGACGGCGGCGCUGGCCGUGGACCAGGACGGCCGCCUGCGCGCCGACCACGUGCUGCUGGACGUGUCCUUCGACAAGAUGGCCGCCCGCAUCGAGAACGAGGCUCUGUCGGCGCUGGCGCGCGGCGUGCUCGAGGGCAUGGCGCCCUUCGUCUACGAGUCCGCCAAGCCCUUCGUCAUGACCGAGGCGCGGCAGAAGGUGCUGUCGGAGCUGGACGCGCGCUGCUCCAAGCUGCCGCAGCGCUUCCCCAACUCGCUGUCGCCGCUCGACCUGCUGGUGUGGGACGCACGCAAGCUGGUGUCGCACAUGGGCUUCGACCCGUACCCGGUGCCGGACUACAACUACAGCACGGGGCUGACGUCGGUGCGGCUGAGCAACAUGUGGCUGUCGGGGCUGAGCACGUUCCACCGCGCGGGCGCGGCGCGCGUGGGCUUCGAGAAGCACGUGUUCCGCGCGGCGCUGCGCGUGGGCACCGCGCGCCUCGCGGGCCAGUGCCACUGGGCCAUCGACUUCGCCGGAUACGCGCUGGCGGAGCUGCGCCAGCCGCUGGACACGCGCCACCACCCGCACCUGGAGCGCUUCGAGCUGCAGCUGGGCGACUUCGCGGUGCGGGUGGCGGGCGCGGGCACGCUCGACUACGCGGCCGAGGCGCUGGCCAACGUGCUGCCCAACCUGCUGCGCUCGCACAUCAGGGACACGCUGCAGCGCAAGGUGGAGGACGGCGUGCGCGAGGCGCUCAACAAGAUCGAGAUGCAGACGUUGGUGGAGGAGAGGCUACGCGAGCUGGACGAAAUGCAAGCGGCGGCCGAGGAGAUGGACGCGGAAGCAGACAUUUUUGAAGCUCUGGGCUGAGACGCUGCUUCCGGGAACCAAUCCGAAGACUCCCGACAGAACCUCACCGCAAGGCGUUCCCACCCAUGACGUCAUUUCCCCCGUGACGCUAAGGACAAUCAAGUUGACGGUGCGUGGCUUUUGGGCGUAGGUUUGACCUGUGUAGACUUGAACAGAAGUGGAUGUAGUAUUACAAACGGUGGCUGGCGGUCUCGGUGUAGUUCAGAGUGCGUUAUGGUGAGAGGUUGACAGAAUUCAUUUCAUUAUAGACGUUAUAGACUCCUUUUCUCUAUAAGAGAGGAGCAAACAUUUUGUGGACGUAACACAAUUAUUCAAUACGUUACAUUGUCCGCCAGGAAAGUCCCUCCGGACUGGGCUGAAUCAGGGCCUCGUAUUAAAAGUUGCAUGUAUGCUGGUAGCAACCAGAUCACUGGGGACAAAAUAAAGGGGACAACACUUUCAGCACCUGUUAUUAUUGUGGUGCGUUUUCUUUUGUUACAAGCUACAGCUCGUGCUACCAACAUAAUGUUUGUUGCACCCACUCACCAGCAAGGUACCACUGCGGAGCGACUUUCCUGGUUCCAUGUACUAGCCUAUUUUAUAAGAAAAUAUACUUUUUAAUUUGCUUGAGAGAACGUGCUUUCGUUGAAUUUGUAUACUACUGAUAGUUACUUUGAAGUGAUUACCUUAAAGAAUGCUAUUUAAGAUCCAUUUGCAUUUUUUGAGAUCAACACAUGGAACGUUAUCUGACAAGAAAUGUGCAGACUAGUAUCACUCGUUCACUGUGUACGAUAUCACCGCGCUAUUGUUAGAAUGAUCUCGCUGUGUAAUUUUUAUUGAUGGUGGUGAAUUUCUCUUUUUAUAAUCAGACCACAAAGUUUACAUCUUAUUGUUUAGGAAAUAAUGCGGAAUUUCCCUGGUAUUGUCAUUUCAGACCAUCAAAUGAGGAAAUGAGAAUUGUGAAUUCGGAAAUUCCGUUCAUCCUUGCAUGAUUGUGCUUCCAGGCGGCAUACUUUGAUUUAAGAUAGUUUAUUUUAUUCUGAGAAAGUCGAAAUAUAUUCGUUUAGAGGAAAACAUUCGUUGAGGAACAUUCUAAUGUUUUUCAAUAAAGUUUUAGUGACCGUGCAGGUCGUCGAUUGAUAUUUGUAAAUAACACGCUGAAAAACAUUUGUAAUCUAUUAACUUUUGUAAAAAUAUAAUUUCAAUUAAAGAAAAUUGGAAAUAAGACUUUCUUUUCAAAAAGCAUUUUUUUUAUCAUUGUGUGCACUUAAAAUAAGUUAAGUCUCUCUCUUUAUCAUUCUUUUUGAUUUUACUCUCUUCCUCUCCAUCUCUCUCGUUUUCUUUCUAUCUCAUUAAAUGCACCUUUUCGUUUCUUUCAUACCUGCCAAUUUAUUUUAAAUUAGCGAAGUAUUUGUGUUCAAGAGUAUGAGGUAUAAUUGAAAUCAAUCUGUUUGAUUUUACAUCUAAAUUUAGUUAUUUUAUUGCAUUAAUAACUAUUUAUUUCUGCCCCAUCCACCUCUUCACAUAUGAUGAUGGCAUUUCGACCGUAAUUAUCUUACUAAGCUAUCACAAAACGCCAAUAUUUCUCUGUAGCAUUUCUUCUGUUAGAAGUCGGUGCCUACUUAGAUUUACAAGAUAUUAUUUUCUUUAAGCAGAGUUUCUUCGUUUUAUUUCUGUGUAAUUUGCAUUUUCUGUUCCUUUCUUUCUCGGAGUAAAUGCCUCUGAGGCUGUUCCCUCAUAAAAUCAUAAUUUUACGGCCUUCUAAGUUGUUCGUUGUUCUUCGUGAAUAAGUAAACGAAUACUAUAUACAUAAGUAAAGAAACUCCCAGAUGGAAAGUUCUCUUCGCCCCACAUUUCGUGCCCGAAGAGAAUUUGGUCUCCGCAGCUGUAGUAGUGACUCACUCAAAUGGCGCUAAAAGUAAUCCCUGCGGAUAAAAACGGCCCUCCGUGUCCACUGCCCGGUUGCACGCGACACAGAGAAAGCAUUAAGGCCUGUUGCAGUGGUGCGAAAGCAAAAUCCUGUAUGCAACGACUAUCAGAUCGCUCCUUCUUUGCUCCUUCUUUGGCCCUAAAUUUCCCUUUUUUUUCAUCUGCAAUAAAGCGUGUUUACAUUAUAAAAUUUAAUUACAAUCUUCUGCAUUUUAAAACUCUUACAUUUCACUACUUUAGACUAUUUAAUAUUAAAGAUUACUGAAGCAAAUCUGGUAUUAAUGAUAUUCAAACGAAGGUAUUAUUCGAAUGAAACGAUUUGUGUAUGGGUUUCGUUUAAAUAUCAUUAACCCCGGAUUUACAGCACCAGUUUAAAGUAUUUUUUGCCCUCCUUUAAAAUUUAGUUUUCAUGACUUAUCAACUUAUUCACUGGAGUCAAAUGUUUGUACUAGAG